GCCUUCGCGGUCGUGUCUUGUCUCGCUUGCGCGUUUUUCCUUCCGUUCGUUUACAUUUUUCGGUUUGAGUUAAGCUUGUUCCGCCUAAUGUGACUUUUUGUAAAUGAAACUGUGAUUUUGUGAUGCCCUGUGAUAUAAAAUGACCUGAUGGAGUACGUGUUUGGUGGUUGUUUAAGUGAUCAGUGUAAAAUGGGUUUAAUUACUUCGAGGGAGCCGACAAUGCUGGACGGACCAGUUGCGUCUACGAAGAGUAACCAUGUACGGCAGCCAUCAACAAGGAACCGUACAAAACCUCCCAUGCCCGACCGUGAUGAGCUGGAGAACCGCUUCAUUAAAGUUCUGGCGUCUAUGGAUCUACCUCCGGAUAAAGCGAAGCUGCUGCGUAAUUAUGACCUGGAGAAGAAGUGGGAGAUCAUCUGUGAUCAGGACAUGGUGCAGGCGAAGGAUUCACCAGCGCACUACCUUAACAAACUUCGCACGUACCUCGACCCUAAGGCAUCCAGAAGUCAUAGGAAGAGAAAAAUGGUCGGCGAUUCAACAUCCACUCAGGUGCUAAGGGACUUGGAGAUCUCAUUACGGACCAAUCACAUAGAAUGGGUGCGUGAAUUCCUAAACGAGCAGAACCAGGGCCUAGACGUGCUGAUCGACUACCUCAGCUUUAGGCUGAGCAUGAUGCGGCACGAGCAGCGCGUCGCUCUCGCCCGCAGUCAGUCUACUGACGGCAUCAAUCAAGCGAACACAACGACAUCGGAGUGCAGCGGUCCGACGGAGGUGGGCGGGGCUUUGGGCGGCGGGUUGAACGGCACGUGGGUGCGGCGCGCGCGCUCCGCUGAUGGCGAGGGGGAGCGCGCCAGCCCGGCCGCCGCGCGCCGCCGCACGCGACACGCAGCACGACUCAACAUGGGCGCCUCCACAGACGAUAUACAUGUCUGCAUCAUGUGCAUGCGCGCCAUCAUGAACAACAAGUACGGGUUCAACAUGGUGAUCCAGCACCGCGAGGCGAUCAACAGCAUAGCACUGUCGCUGGUGCACCAGUCGUUGCGCACCAAGGCGCUGGUGUUGGAACUGCUGGCCGCCAUCUGUCUUGUGAAGGGUGGCCACCAGAUCAUCCUCGGCGCCUUCGACAACUUCAAGGAAGUUGUCGGCGAGCCGCGCCGCUUCCACACCCUCAUGGAGUACUUUAUGAACUACGACACGUUUCAUAUCGAGUUUAUGGUGGCGUGUAUGCAAUUCGUGAACAUAAUCGUGCACUCUGUGGAGGAUAUGAACUUCCGCGUGCACCUGCAGUACGAGUUCACCGCGCUCAAGCUGGACGACUACCUCGAGCGCCUGCGCUUCUGCGAGAGCGAGGACUUGCAGGUACAGAUAUCUGCGUAUCUGGACAACGUGUUCGACGUGGCGGCGCUGAUGGAGGACAGCGAGACCAAAACCGCGGCGCUCGAGAAGGUUAACGAACUCGAAGACGAACUGGGACAUGCGCAUGAGAGGCUGGCAACACUGGAGCGGGACGCCAUCGCGAAGCUGGCGACACUGGAGGCCGAGCUGGCACAAGUGCGACAAGAAAGGGACCAGCUGGCGGAGGCUCGGCGACAAGUCGUCGAAGAGGUAUCGACGCUGCGGCGAGCACAGCAGGACUCCCGCAACCGGCAGUCCAUGUUGGAGUCCAAAGUUCAAGAGCUGGAGACUCUCACCAAAUCCUUGCCACGGGGCGCCUCCAUGGGUGCGAUAUCACACGCGCUCUGCAACGGUACAACCAACGGCCACUCCCCCUCGCCACCGCCGCCCCCGCUCACCAAUGGCGAUGUGAGCGGCCGCGCCCCCUCCCCCACCCCCUGCGCCGCACCCCCACCUCCCGCGCCCGCAGCACCCCUCCCGCCGCCUCCACCUCCCGCACCCCCGGCCCCACCGGCACCCCCUGCGGUGCCCCCCGCGCCUCCCGCACCCCCCGCACCGCCCGCGCCCGGCCUCAUGCCAGCACCACAUCACACCGACGCCAUGACCAUCAAGAGGAAAGUCGAGACCAAGUAUAAACUGCCCACACUCAAUUGGAUCGCGCUGAAACCCAAUCAGGUCCGCGGCACGAUAUUCAACGAGCUGGACGAGGAGCGACCUCGGCGACGUAUCAACUUUGCGGAGUUUGAGCAGCGCUUCCGACUGGGCGGUGCGGGGGGUGUGGGGGGCGGGGCCGCGCACGCGCUCGCUGACACAGACACACUCGCCUCCUUCCCCAGCAAGCGAUUCCGCAAACCUGACACAGUCUCACUGCUCGAGCACACGCGACUUCGGAACAUCGCGAUAUCGAGGAGAAAACUUGACACUCCAGUAGAAAAAGUAAUCGCGGCCAUUAACAAUCUAGAUCUUAAACAAUUACCGUUAGAGAGCGUCGAGAUCCUCCAGAGGAUGGUGCCAACAGAAGCAGAACAGAAAGCGUACAAAGAAUACGUAGCGGAGAAGAAGAACAUCAACCAAUUAACGGAAGAAGAUAAAUUCCUAAUGCAGCUGACGAAAGUAGAAAGGAUAUCAGCGAAGUUAUCUAUCAUGAACUACAUGGGGAACUUCUUCGACAAUAUACAUCUGAUAACUCCUCAAAUCCACGCGAUCAUAUCCGGUUCAUCAUCAGUUAAAUCGUCACAGAAGUUGAGGAAUGUUCUGGAAAUAAUUCUAGCGUUUGGUAACUACUUGAACAGUAGCAAGCGCGGGCCUGCUUAUGGGUUCAAGUUGCAGUCACUUGACACUCUCAUGGAUACGAAGUCGACGGAUAAACGAGUUUCGUUGUUACAUUAUAUUGUAGCCACAAUACGACAGAACUUCCCCGAAUUGCUCAACUUUGAUGCUGAACUACUGUACAUUGACAAAGCGGCACAAGUGUCCCUGGAGAAUGUAAGCGCGGACGUGUGCGAGCUGGAGCGCGGUAUGGAGGCGGCGCGACGCGAAUCGGAGUCGCGAGCGCACUCGCAUGCGCACGCGCAUGUGUUGCGCGACUUCAUCGCCAACGCCAGCGACAAGCUGCGACGACUCCGAGCUGAGACUAAACACGCACAGGACUCGUUCGCGAUGUGCGUUGAGUACUUUGGCGAGGCUCCGCGCAGUUGUGAUGCCAAUGCGUUCUUCUCACUGCUCGUCCGCUUCACCAGAGCGUUUAAGCAAGCGGACGCUGAAAACGAGCAAAGACGCAGGCUGGAGUUAGCGGCGCAGCAGGCGGACAACGUCGACCCCAACAAGGCCAAGGUCGUACAGAAGAAGCAGCAGGAGGCUGUGAUCAACGAGUUAAAAACGAAAUCCCAAAGCGUCGGUGAAAAGAAACUAUUACAUCAAGACGAGGUAUACAAUGGUGCGUUGGAGGACAUAUUGCAUGGACUGCGCAGUGAGCCAUACAGACGAGCUGAUGCAGUACGACGCUCACACAGAAGACGUAUCAACUCACACCGACUGUCCAAAGGUCUGGAGGAGCUGGACGUAUGAUAUUCACCUCCGUCUGCGCCUGAAAAUCCAGUGCGCAGAGCUGUCCUGGCCAUCAAUGCGAGCGGAGGCUUCCCUGAUAAGAGGAAGCGUCGCAAAGACUUGGAAAUGGUGCACAACAAGCACGCCAUAACCAUUUAUAAUAUAGAAGAUGAUGUCACCGAUCUCCCCAAGGUCAAACCUUCCACGUACAAGGUCGCGCCAGUAGACCGGGAGGUGGAGGACAGGUGUGAGCUGCUCAAGUCCACCUAUGACGUCAUCUCCAAGUAUACCAGAGCAAUGUUCGAUAAACAGAAUGAGACCGUCGUCUGAUUACUUCGCCUUUCUUACUGUCUGCGGGUACUACACUUAUCUAGACCUAAAUCUAUAUUUGAUCUUUCAAAUUGAUUAGAAUAUUUUUAUUUAAGUUACAUUUAAAGAAAAUAGAUUAAAAAUGUUAAUUGGAGAUUUAUUAUAGAGUUCAGCAAAUAUUAUACAAAUUUUAGAACGUUUGA